GCCUGUCUAUUGAAAUUUAAUAGGCGAUCUAGAAGAGCGGGGGCGGGGGAGAAAGAAACGGUUGCAUUGUAUAAGUCUGAUUAAGUGGGAGAGAAGCUUUAAACGUACUUUGAACCGUCUGCGGUGUGUGUGUGUGUGUGAUUACAUUUCCUCUUAACAGAAAAAGCCAGGAGAGGUAACAUUGGCCUGGAACAUUGGGGUGCGGUUGCGCCGCCAUUUCGUGAAAGCGAUCAAAAGGGCUAGGAUUGAUGGGCGGUCGUGUGCAACGCGCAUGCGCAGCUCUCCGUAACUUCGCGUUGGCUGCUUAGGCUGCCUGGAGAAAAGGCGGAACCGAGGUGGCAUUUUCCAAUUGGACGAUGGGAGGCUGAGCUCGGUGGCUGGUUGGAACGCGGGGCGGGGCGAUGGGCCCUGCGUGGGUUCUGCCUUUACUGAUGUCAGACUGCGGCAACCGAGGGCGGAGGAGGUACUGCGGCAAUGAAUCGAGCUGGCAGGGCCAGCAGCAGCUGCCGCUGAUCCUUUUGGGCGGCGGCCAUCUUUUUUUUUUCUUCUCUGCCGACUUGAAUUUUUACGUUAAUUUUUUUCUUCUGCAGCUACUUUAAAACGGUACCAUGAGUGGUUGUCGUGUAUUCAUCGGAAGGCUAAAUCCAGCCGCCAGAGAGAAGGAUGUAGAGAGAUUCUUCAAGGGAUAUGGACGCAUCCGAGACAUUGAUUUGAAGAGAGGUUUUGGAUUUGUGGAGUUUGAAGAUCCCAGAGAUGCUGAUGAUGCAGUCUAUGAAUUGGAUGGAAAAGAACUCUGCAGUGAAAGAGUUACAAUCGAACAUGCUAGAGCCCGUUCUAGAGGUGGAAGAGGCAGAGGGCGUUAUUCUGAUCGUUUUAGCAGCCGCCGUCCACGAAAUGACAGAAGAAAUGCACCACCUGUAAGAACGGAAAAUCGUCUCAUUGUAGAAAAUUUGUCUUCUCGAGUCAGCUGGCAGCCUAUCUGUGUCGUUGGCCUUAUGACGAGGAGUGCCUGUGGGUUAUCCUAAUCGUUCUGUCUUGGUCACUCUUGGUUGGGCCUGGUUGACUUUUCCAGUCAGCUCCUCCAGUGUAUCAGUUGGCCACCUCUAGAUCUGUGUUUGCCGGUCUAGACGUAAUCGAUGCACUUCCUUAAAGUGCCGGGUUGCAGCGAUCCCCGAAAGUUAACGAGAUCUGAUUCCUAAGUUGAGAACUGUACCUCCUCUAAAGCUUCGAAAUAAGAGAUCGUGAUCGAGAGAUUUGAAAGAUACGAAUUAGGUGGUCCUUGGAAUCCUGAUCGCAGUAAAGUGAUCCUUGGUGUAACUUCACAAGAGUAGAGAAUGUCUGGAUCCGACAGUAGUCUGCUAAUAGGCAGGGCUGUGCGAUUAAAGGCUUCCAUCGACUGGGUAGUUCUCUUCAAAUGGUUGGCGAAGAGCCAGUCGGGCAUGUACCGUGGUGGUAUCUUCGAUCGCUUAAUGCAGUUUGCUGCUUGGCUAGCCUAGGGAAAUGUUAAUGAAGGUAAAGUAAACUAUAUUUUUAAUGACAUAUGGGGCACAAAAUAACUGGUUUUUGUUUUGUAAAUGUGCUGUUUAGUUGUAAGACAUUUCAGAAUGCUUUCAUACAAGUAAAUUGUCUUGCAUUCAGUUGUGUAAAAUGUAUAAACAAAUAACUUAUGAUUUGCGCAUUUUGCUUAAAGCAAUAUGCUAUUUUCAUUUAUUUCGUGCCCUGAUAUAUUGUAUCAAAUAUGGAAUUAUCUACAUGUGUGGCAUCUGCCACAUUUUAAUUGUUAACAUCUUUUUUUGCAGUAGUAAUUUUUAUUAAUUUAUAAACAUUGUCUUCUUCCUUUAUCUAACAUAUUUAAUCUUGUGAUAGGAUCUCAAAGA